UCUCAACAUGAUUCCCGUUCAGUCGGGGAACCCGGAAAAGCUCAAACAGGAACUCUUUGGGUUCCAGAUCUUUUUCAUUACACUGAGUGCCGUCAUUGGAAGUGGCAUUUUCACCAACAAUGGGGUAGCGCUAGCUAUUGCCGGCCCCAUGGGUCUGAUGCUCGCCGCUCUGGUCAUGAGCGUGGUAGUGUGUGCGGUCAAUGAAUGUAUCGCGGAGCUGACCCAGCAGUUCCCCGUGUAUAAUGCCAUAGUGGAAUACGUGCGUACCUUUGUCGACGAUGACUUGGGCUGGGUAAUCGGACUGGCUUAUUGGUAUGCGUAUACAGCAUCCUUUUCCAGCCAGACUGUCAUGGCGGGGACCCUGUUGGAGUAUUGGGGGUUGAGUCAGGCGUGGCGGGCCCUCAUUUGCUACGCCCUGAUUCCCUUCGUGCUUUUUCUAUUGAACCUCACGGGGGUCUUUUGGUAUGGGUUGGUGGAGACGUUCGGUGGCUUCUUAAAGCUCAUCAUGAUCUUUGGCAUCUCGAUCUACCUCUAUGCCAUCUCCGAUCGAGUCCAUCUCGAUGAACGCGGAAACGUCUUUUCACCCACCUUCGACCAUGGCCGAGGAUUUCGCAAUAACGUAGAUGCUGCCUGCUAUGCAAUUCCCCUCACGGCAUACGCCUUCCAGGGCGUGGAGUUAUAUGCCAUGGCUGCGUUUGAAGCUCGAGACGCUCACGCGCUUCGCUGGCCCUCGCGAUGGACCAUCUACAUCAUCGUCCUUGUGUACAUCAUGUGCACCCUGGGCGAAAUUCUCAACGUAAGCUGGCAGGACCCAAACCUGUCGCAGCUUGAUGAUGGGAUAGUCAACGCCACGGUACCAUCUACAUCCAAGCCUGGUGUAUCCAGCAGCAUGGUCAUCAUCGCCGCUCUGAACGUCGAAAACAAGCACAUGGCCGACUUUCUCAACGCCUGCUUGCUAGUAAGUGUCAUCUCCGCCUCCAACACAUCGUUGUAUGUAGCCUCGCGCACUUUGUUUGGUAUCGCGAAAUCCAUGCCCCGAGAUUACUGGGCCACCCGACACCUGGCCAUUCUGAGCAAGGGCACGCGAGUCCCUGUUGUCGCGUUGCUUGUUACGCUGUUAGCAUUCGCCUGGGUGCCAUUUCUUCAGCUAAGCGGUAGCACAACCACGAAGCAGUUAACCGAGGUGAUAUCGACUUCCUCCAGUACGGCCAUCAUGAUCGUCUGGGCAAGCGUCUGUAUUGCCUUCCUCCGGUAUUACUACUGGCUCAAAAAAUGCGACCCAGACCUUCGCCUCUCCGGCCGCCCAGAGUUCGUCCGCGGAUCCCCCAACUACACCCCCCGGGGGAGUCUCUUCGUCCUGCAACCCCUCCAAGCCUGGAUCGGCCUGAUCGGAUGCACCGUCAUCUUCGCCUUCUCCAGCGCGACAUGGUGGGACGGUCACGCCACCGUGACCGAGGUGGCCAUGGCAUAUGGCGCGCAUAUCGUCCUGGUGAUAUUGUUUCUCGGGCUGAAACUCUCCCGUCGGCAACCAGAAUGGUUCAAGCGCACCCCGGACGCGGGGAAACUGGUUCUCAUUCUCAAUGACCUCCGAGUGCGCAAGAUUGAUCGCUGGGAGACGACGAGGUGGAAGCGCUUGCAGAGUGUGUUUUUACGGUAUCGGGGUUUGAGGCGGGGGAGUGAGGGUGCGGAUGCGGAUGGGGGUGGGCCUGUGCCUCUGGUGGAGGAUGGUGGGCGGUCGAUGAUGGGCAGGUCAGAGGGAUUGUCGAGUUGA